AAAAAGUGCAACGUGAAUUCUUGCAAGCGUCAGGUCUCAUAGGAGAGAAAGUAUUUUAGGUUAGUUGGUGUUGAAGCAGUAGCUAAACAGAUCCUAGUGUUCACCAGACCACACAGCAGAGAUCCCUUCUGAGUGGUGCAGUAAGGGCUGCAUUCAGAACUUUGACAUUUAUCAGAUGUCACUUAGGAGAUAGCACUUAGAAAGGAAAAGAGUUUGGUCUGGUCUUUAAUAAAAGUGUAAGGAUUAGCUAGUCAAAAUUGAUGUCCAUGAGAAUGUGCGUUCCAUGAGGGCAGGGACUUGGCUGCUCAAUCUACACAACCUUAACAUUGACUAGCGCUUUUAGGUGUGCUCAGUACUUGUGUUUUAAAUAAACCAAAAGGGGGAAAUGUAUAAUAUAUGAAAGUUGUAUUCAGAGGAGGAAACCUGCAAAAUAAAAUUAAUUCAGGACGUGACCAUUUGUUGAAAUACUGAAAACCACUGCAGAAAACCAAUCUUCAAUAUAUAUAUAUUUUUAAUUUAUUUUUGGUUGCGUUGGGUCUUCAUCGCUGCACACAGGCUUUCUCUAUUUGCAGUGAGCAGGGGCUACUCUUCAUUGUGGUGCGUGGCUUCUCAUUGCGGUGGCUUCUCGUGUUGUGGAGCACGGGCUCUAGGCAUGCAGGCUUCAGUAGUUGUGGCAUGUGGCUGAGUUGCUCUGCGGCAUGUGGGAUCUUCCUGGACCAGGGCUCAAACCCGUGUCCCCUGCAUUGGCAGGCAGAUUCUUAACCACUGCACCACCAGGGAAGCCCCCCAAUCUUCAAUAUUAAUAUGCUAUUAGCUUAUCGCAACUGGCUCCUUGCCUCCUGCAGCCUCUGUUCUCAAGUUGGGUGUUUUUUUGAGGCCCCGUCUAGUUUUCCAAGGACUGUGUUCAGUAGAAAUUGAACUAUCUUGUGAUUUUUUUUUCUGACGGUACAGACUGAGAAAACAUGAUUAACUUUACAACAACAGUAACUGCAUAGUAUACAAUUGAUUUUUUUGUCUGUCAAUGUUAAGGCAGGGUUUACUGUAACACUUUAAAAGUGUCACAAAGAUUGUUUGUCCCUAGAAAAAAAUUUUUUAGUUGACCUUGAACUUACUGAUUUCUAAGUCUCUGCAUUUUCAUCCAGACUUUGAAAUGUUUGCCUUCUAAUUAUUGUAGCAUUUCUUCUAUCAAAACUUCUCAGGUAGGGGCCAUGCCAUAUUCUUCCCCCACAUCCAUGAGGCAAAUACCCAGAAAACUUGUAGGAAUCUGAUAAAAUUAUCAAAUGUAUUAUUGAGACAAGACUAACAUUUAUGUGCUUUUCCCUACUGGUAGCAGUAAAGCACGGUUUCAGGAAAGGAGUAUAUAUCAGAAUAUAUUAGAUUGUACAUCCCUUUGAUCUAGAAAUCAUAUAAUUGGAAGUUAUUGAUUAUGAGAUUAAAAUACCAAAAAAUGAGCACCACCUCAAUGAUGUCACUGAAUUUUUUAAUGGAAAUUAGUGUACAGCUGUAAGAAUUUGAGUUUUGAUAUAUUCCUAUAUUAAUCUGUAGCCAUUAAAAUGAUGACAGGGACUUCCCUGGUGGUGCAGUGGCUAAGAAUUCGCCUGGCAAUGCAGGGGACAGGGGUUCGAGCCCUGGUCCAGGAAGAUCCCACAUGCUGUGGAGCAACUAAGCCCGUGCACCACAACUACUGGGGCUUUGUGCCACAACUACUGAAGCCUAUGUGCUUAGAGCCUGUGCUCCGCAACAAGAGAAGCCACUGCAAUGAGAGGCCCGCGCACCGCAACGAGGAGUAGCCCACACUCACUGCAACUAGGGAAAGCCCGCACGCAGCAACGAAGACCCCACGCAGCCAAAAAUAAAUAAUUUUAUUUAAAAAAAGAAAAUUAUGACAGAUACCAUAAUGGCAGGAGAUACACAAUAUGGGCUUUGAGAGAUCACAGAUUGUAGCCUUCAUAGUAUAAUCAACCAUAAAUCUUUGUUAGUGUUUGUAUAUGUGUGCGUGUGCGCACAUGUAUGUGUACAUGCAUAAGAUCAUGUGUAAAGGGAUACUAUUCCAGAGUGGUUUUCCUAGGCAAGGAGCAUUUUGUGGUAUUUUUCCGUUUUAUAACUUCAUGUUAUAUUUUUUUCAUUGAAUAGUGAAUAUUGCCAAAGCAGGAAAUUAUUACAAUAGAGUUUGAAAAAGUACUAACUAAUUAUCCCUUGCAGUUAAGACCUCAUAAUAUGAUUGUUCUAUAUUGUCAUAAGGCAUAUAAGAUCAAAAUUACGGUAUGAACUCUGGAAGCCAAUUUCAAAAGCAAAACAAUUCUCAGAUUAUUUUGCGUACACAGAAAAAUUGAUGCGUUUCAACAAUUGAAGCUUUAUUAUUUAUGCUGUGCUUUAACUACAGAUCCGUAAUAGGGAGAGGGAAAAUCCUGGAGCUAGAAACAAAAGUAGAUAUACCUACAUUGUGGAGGUUAAAAAAAAAAAAAGUUUCUCUUGUUGAAAAGAUGUGCAUGAGGAGAGAACUGAGCAUAAUAGCAGAGGACCCUCAGCAUGUGGAACCAGUAACGACAAAGCAGGUUUGGAUGCCAUUCCAUACUCAGACCAAUGGUGGUAUUUUUAGUAUAGUUGGAUAAAGGGCUUUAUUUAGCAAGUUACACUUGACCCUUGAACAAUAUGGGUUUGAACUGGGCAGGUCCACUUAUAUGCAGGGUUUUUUUUGUUUUGUUUGUUUGCGGUACGCGGGCCUCUCACUGUUGUGGCCUCUCCCGUUGCGGAGCACAGGCUCCGUACGCGCAGGCUCAGCGGCCAUGGCUCACGGGCCCAGCUGCUCCGCGGCAUGUGGGAUCUUCCCGGACCGGGACACGAACCCGUGUCCCCUGCAUCGGCAGGCGGACUCUCAACCACUGCGCCACCAGGGAAGCCCAGCAGGGUUUUUUUAAAAAUAGUAAUUACUACAGUACUACAUGAUCUGUGGUUGGUUGAACCCAUGGUUGCAGAAUUGCAGAUACAGAGGAACCACGCAUAUGGAAGUCUGACCAUAAGUUAUUUAUAUAGAUCUGUCUAUCCAUCCAUCCAUCCGUCCAUCCAUCUAUAGAGAGAGAGGGAGUGAGUGCACGUGCUAGGUAUUUACAGAAGUAGAUAUGGAAGUGUGAGGAUAUACAAACACACACGUGUAUGUGGUGUAUAUAAGCAUAUAUAUCCACGUUUCUAUUUCAGGGCUGGAGCAAGGAAAGUAUAGAAUGAUCCUGGAGAAAAUUUGCUGUGCCAGAAAGUAGGAAAGAGUGGUGGGACAUGUAAAAAGAUCCAGCUUGAAGAGACUCACACUGGGUAAAUCUGAGCAAUUUGAACAUAAAAUAAAUAAUUAUCAUACAGAAUAUGAAUAAAAAAGAGGAAGGGAGGGAAGGAAGGGCUCUCAUAAUAGAAUGCCAAGCCAUAAAUAUAUAGAAGGAAUGAUGUAAUGUAAAAAUCAUUAUUUACAACCAUUGUAGUAAUUAUAGGUUCUGGCAAGAAUAAUCAAUGAAUUAUAAAACUACUGGUUGAAAGUUUAUGAGGAACAGGAUGCUACAAAACCCAAAAUAUCUCUCCACAAAGUAGUAUUAAUCACAACAGGAAAUACAGUAGGUAUAAAUUUGGUGAACACUACCUUAGCCAAGAGAUGAACAUUAUCAAUAACAGAACAAACCAACAUUUUAGAUCUCUGGGAUACGAUGUACUGAGAAGGACGCAACGUUGCUUCAGUAUUAUUACUGACAGAAAUAAACAACCAAAUCUUAUCACAAGGAAGCAUCCAAGUUGAGAGUCUCCUAUUUCACAGUUAUGACCACAGGGAGCAUAGCUGACCAAAGGUCCCAGCUGCUGCUCUUAAAUCCGUCACCACGUUCGCAUGGAGGCCAGUCUUGCCCCGAUUGCUCCUAGUCAACACAGCAGGGAUCCUAAGGCAGGCCAUUUCUUGGAGACCAGGAUUCCUCUGUCCAGUGACCUUUUUUCAAGGACUCCCUGACAGCCUUGAAGGAUUUUACUUAGAUUACAAGGCAGUCUAGGAUGAUUUACCAAAUCUUUCUUCCAAAUCUUCACUCAGGGUCAGACUUGCACUAUGAGCUCGGUUCUGUCAGCCUUCCAGAGCUCCCUGCCCUUUUCUCUCCGAUGUUUUCCCUAAUAAAAUAUUUGUUCAUUAAAGUCUUUCUCAGCACUUUGCCAUCUGGUUCUUGGAGGACCAGGACAAACCCCAAGCCCUAGAAACAUCCCUUUUUGGCUCUUUCUAGUAACCUUCCUUUCCAUAUGGUAGCCACUAAUUUGUAAUGGUGUAGAUUCACUUAGCCUAUUUUGUACUUUAUGUAAAUGGAGUCAUGUAAUAGGUACUAUUUUGUGUUGGCUUCAUUUGCUCAACAGUAUAUCCAUGACAUUUAUCCAUAUUGUUGGGAGUGGAUAACUUUGAUUCAUUUUCAUUGGUGGAUAUUAUUGCAGUGUGUAAACAUAUCAAAAUCUAUUUAUUAAUCCUAUUAUUGGUGGGUAUUGGGUACUUCCCCAUUCUUCGCUAUCACAGUGGUGAUGUGAGCAAUCUAGAACAUGCCUUGUGCACUUGUUUGAGGGAUAUUUCUGUGGGUGGAACCAAAGGGUUAUAUAUGUUCAACUUUGGUAGAUACAGUUGACCCUUGAAGAAUGCAUGGGCAUGAGGGAUGCAUCUGAGUCUUUUAUUCCAUAGAUGUUUUUAAAAUAUCUCUCACUUUUGGCCCAUUAGUGGUGCGUUUGGAUUUACAGUGUUUCUUAACCUUAAAAUAGUCCAAUUUUUCAAUUUUUUCUUUCACAGUUUGUGAUUUUUUUGGUCUUAAGAAAUUCUUCCUACUCCAAGGCAAAAAGGCUGUUAUCUUACGUUUCUUUCCUAAAGCGUCAUUGUAUACAUUUCAAAUUUAAGUCUGCAGAUCUUCUGGAAUUUAUAUUUUUGUAUCCUAUGCUGUAAUGAUUAAUAUUUUCCCAUAUGGAUAUCCAGCUGACUGAGAACCAAUAGUUGACCCUUGGACAACAUGGGUUUAAACUACACAAGUGCACAAGUGACUAUUUUCAAUAGUCAAUACUGCACUACUACACGAUCCAAGGUUGGUUGAAUCCUCAGAUGCAGAAUUGCCGAUUAUGGAGAAACCAUGUACGUACAGAGGACUGACUAUAAGUUAUACUUGGAUUUUCAACUUAGCAGAGGGUUGGCACCCCUAACCCCCUUGAACCCUACUUCAAGGAUCAACUGUAUUAACAAGACUUUUCCCUCUCUGCUGCAGUAUUUUCUUUUCUUUCUUUUUUCUUUUGGCCGUGCUGCGUGGCUUGCAGGAUCUCAGUUCCCCGACCAGGGAUUGAACCAGGGUCACCACAGUGAAAGCGCUGAAUCCUAACCACUAGACCACCAGGGAACUCCUUGCAGUGUUUUCUUUUUACACGUUGUUAUAAUGUCUGUUUCAACAUGGAUUUUGAUGUCUAUUAUCUUGUCUGUGUCCUUGAGCAAACACCAGACUAUCUUAUAUUGUAGAUUUAUAGUAAGAUUUAAUGUGACUAAUAUCUUUCUUUUCAUUCUUCUUUCAGAUUGUCCCAGCUCUUCUUUUAGCUCUUUGCUUUUCCACAUAAUAUUUAUAAACAUCUCAUCAGUCUCCAAGGGAAAAAAUGCUGAUAUUUUUAUUGGGGUUUGAUUGAGCCUAUAGAUCAUUUUGGGGAUUACUGAUAUCUUUGUAAUAUUGAAUCUUCAAGCCAUGAAUAUCAUUAUUUUUAAGAAUUUCUCUUGGAGAAAAAUUAAAGUGGAUCCCAUGUAAUAAAAUGUACAUAAAUAGACUCCAAAAUAUUUAAAGGACCUACAUGUGAAAGGUAAGUCUAGAAAGUUAAUUUUUAAAAGGUAGAAAUAUAUUUUUUCAUCUGAGGAGUUUCAGAAGCACAGAUAUUAAGAAAUUAUUUUUUUAUUAUCUUAUAUCUUAUAAUUAAAGAUUUCUAUUCCAUGAAGAACACAAUAGAAAAAUUUUAGAAACACGUGCCCAAUUAGGAAAGGAUACUUGUAAUUGGUAAAACUGAAAAGGUAUUAAUAAUCAGAAUAUGUAAUAGAAAUGAGGAAGAAAAUGAUAGCAUCCACAUUAGAAAAUGGGGCAAAAGGUUUAAGUAGACAUAGAUGAAGCUACCAAGCAUUUGAGAAAAAGAUCAAACUUAUUAGAAAUCAGAGAAAUUUAACUAAAGAUACUACUAUACAUUUAAUACACUAGCAAAACAGGGUGAUGAGUCGUCCAAAUGAAGGUAAGUGGUUGCACAAAAACCUGACGUGCAACUCUUGGUAAUCUGGACUUGGUGUAGCCAUUCAGGAGGUCAAUCUGGCUAUAUUAUUAAAGUAUACACAUUUGCUAUGAAAUAAUUUUACUCGGGUAUGUAUUCCAAAGAAAUUCUCAGAUACGUCUAUAAACAGAAAUGUAAGAAGAUGUUUAUUUUAUUGUUAUUGGCAUGGCAUUUGGAAGAGUACAGGUAAAAUGUGGGUGCAGAAAAUGGAAUUCUACAAAACAAAUUAGAUGGAUGGGUGAAUCUUAAAAAUACACUCCUGAAUGAAGGAAAUAAACACCAGAAUGAAUUUUAUGACACAAUAUUAUUUAUAUAAAUUGAAAAUAUACACAAGUGCACAUUUUGCACAAGAACACACCCAAAAGAAAACACAUCAAACAAAUUAGAAUGGUAGCUUACGGGGUAGAGAAGGGAGUGGAGGGUGCCAUAGGGAACAGGAGGUGAAUAAAUAAAACUUUUAAUCAUGUUACCAUAUUUCAUCAUUCUAUAUCCAAGAUUUCAAUUUACUUGUAGUGGAAAGAAAUCCUGUGUGCUAUGUUGGCUUAAGUCAGGAAUAGUUCUUGGAGGAUAUUUUCCUGAAAGAAUUUGGAACAAAUUUUUGGAAAAAUCUUUGUUUAUACUAUGGAUGAUCUUUUUUGUUUUUUUGUUUGUUUUGUUUUUUGUUUAAUUUUUGUUUUGUGGGUGUGUGUGAGAUCUACUUUAUUUUGUUUUGUAUUUCAUUAAUCUGAUCUUAUUUUUUUCCGUCUGCCUUCUUCAGUUUUAUUAUUCAUUUAUUAACUUCCUGAGAUGGAUGUUUUCCGAAUCAAUUUUCAACUUCCUUUCUACUUUAAUAUAUGCUUUUAAGGCUCAACAUUUCCCUCUAUAUAUGUGCUAAAAUCUCCAGUUCCAAUUAUGAAUUUGAAUGUUUCUCUUCAUGGUUCUGUCAAUUUUUUUUUUAUAAAGUAUGAGCUGAAGUUAUUAGUUUCUGAUAACUUGAAACUUUUAUGACUGUGAAGUGUCCCUCCGUAUGUCAAGUAAUGCUUUUUUUCCCCCUUAAAGUUCACUUGGUCAAAUAUCAAUGUCACAGACUUUAUAAUUACAGAAAUAACUUGAGACCUAGGAUGUUGAUGUCUGUCUCUAGAAAGGAUUUUCACUUGCUUCUGCACGGGUUGUAAGAUGCUAACAAAACACGUUCACCUUUACACAAUUUCAGGGAAUGAGGUGUUUUGGCGUUUGGCUUCAGUCCCUGCCAAAGAAAGCCCAGUUUCCUUCUCCCCUUAUUCCAAUGGUGAAACUCUUUGGGGUUUACCAGGAAGCCUCUGUGGCUGGUAAUGCCUUUAUGUCGCUUAGCCUCUUGAAGACGUCCAAAAUUCUACUGAGCUUGUACGCCUUUCAAUGAACAGAAUCUACACUCUUCUGAGGCCGACACAGUAGAAUGGCAAGACUGCCUGAGACCUUCUCAGGGAUUCCGGAAAGUGAAAACCAGGGAAGUUGGGCACUUCCGCAUCAGGGGGGUCGGCUCUUCACGACCCAUUUAAGCUUCCUCGACAUGCGCCUGGGGCCAACCUUUCCAGACCUUUCAUUUGUGGAGAAAGAGGAGAGGCUAAAAGCGGAGCCCUGACUUCUCAAAAAGCACUGCACGGAGGAAGAGGCAACAGAGCCCUACGACUCUGCACUUCCCCAGAAGGAGAGAGAAAAUGAGCACAUUCCAGGAGGCGGUGACUUUCAAGGACGUGGCCGUGGCCUUCACAGAGGAGGAGCUGGGGCUGCUGGACUCGGCCCAGAGGAAGCUGUACCAGGAUGUGAUGGUGGAAAACUUCCGGAACCUGGUCUCAGUGGAAGAAAACAAUCAAAGUGAGUUGAGGGCCGUUCAAGACAGAGGAUCACGUGAAGAGCUUUCCUGCCGGCAAAUCUGGCAACAAAUUGCAAAUGACUUAACCAGAUGUCAAGACUCCAUGAUAAAUAGUUGUCAGUUCCACAAACAAGUUGAUUCCCCCUGCCAGAUUGGGGCAGGACUCUCUAUUCAAAUUUCUGAAGAUGAGAACCAUAUAUUAAAUGAUAAAGCAGGUGAUCCCAGUAAUACUGGAAAUCCAAGGUUUGCAACUUUGAGAGCCCAGGAUUCUUGGAGGAAAACUUCAUUGACCGAGUCACAGAAUUAUCAGAAUAGACACCAGCAAAUUUCCAUGAAAAAUAAACUGUGUCAGUGUAAAGAGGAUGUUGACACCAUCAGUUGGAUUUCACAUCACCUUGAUGCUCACGGAGUACACAAGGGUCCAAAAUCUUACGGCUACAGUGAUUAUAGAAAAGAUAGCAUGAGGGUUUCAACACUGGAUCAGAAUACUAUGAUUCACACAGGACAAAAACCUUACCAGUGUAAUGAAUGUAAAGAAACGUUCACUGAUCUCUCCACCUUUGAUCUUCACCAGCAGUUACACUCAAAAGAGAAGUCUCAUAUGUGCAGUGAGUGUGGAAAAGGCUUCCGUUACAGCUCGGUUCUUCAUAUUCAUCAGAGAGUUCACAUGGGAGGAAAACACAGUGAGUGUGAUGAGUGUGGCAAGGAGUUCAGUCAGAGCUCACAGCUGCAGACUCCUCAGAAAGUCCACACUGUAGAGAAACCGUUCAAAUGUGGGGAAUGUGGGAAAGUCUUCAGUCGUAGGUCAGCACUUACUAUUCAUUGUAAAGUCCACACAGGAGAGAAACCUUACAAUUGUGAGGAGUGUGGGAGGGCCUUCAGUCAGGCCUCUCACCUUCAGGACCAUCAGAGAGUCCACACUGGGGAGAAACCAUUCAAAUGUGACACGUGUGAUAAGAGCUUCAGUCGGAAUUCACACCUUCAGUCCCAUCAGAGAGUCCAUACGGGAGAGAAACCAUACAAAUGUGAGGAGUGUGGGAAGGGCUUCAUUUGUAGCUCAAAUCUAUACAUUCAUCAGAGAGUCCACACAGGAGAAAAACCCUACAAAUGUGAGGAAUGUGGGAAAGGCUUUAGUCGGCCUUCAAGUCUUCAGGCCCAUCAGGGAGUCCACACUGGAGAGAAAUCAUACAUAUGUAAUGUGUGUGGUAAAGGCUUUACUCUGAGUUCAAACCUUCAGGCACAUCAAAGAGUCCAUACAGGAGAGAAACCAUACAAAUGUAAUGAGUGUGGGAAGAGCUUCAGGAGGAACUCCCAUUACCAAGUUCAUCUGGUUGUCCACACAGGGGAGAAGCCCUAUAAAUGUGAGGUAUGUGGGAAGGGCUUCAGUCAGAGUUCAUAUCUUCAAAUCCAUCAGAAGGCCCACAGUGUAGAGAAACCUUACAAGUGUGAGGAGUGUGGGCAGGGCUUCAAUCAGAGUUCACGACUUCAGAUCCACCAGCUGAUCCAUACCGGUGAGAAACCAUACAAAUGUGAAGAGUGUGGGAAGGGAUUCAGUCGUAGAGCAGAUCUUAAAAUUCACUGCAGAAUCCACACCGGAGAGAAACCGUAUAAUUGUGAGGAGUGUGGGAAAGUCUUCAGGCAGGCCUCAAAUCUUCUGGCCCAUCAGAGAGUCCACAGUGGAGAAAAACCAUUCAAAUGUGAAGAGUGUGGGAAGAGCUUCGGUCGGAGUUCACACCUUCAAGCCCAUCAAAAAGUCCAUACUGGAGAAAAGCCAUACAAAUGUGAGGAGUGUGGGAAGGGUUUCAAGUGGAGCCUGAACCUCGACAUGCAUCAGAGAGUCCACACAGGAGAGAAACCAUAUAAGUGUGGGGAGUGUGGGAAGCACUUCAGUCAGGCCUCAAGUCUUCAGCUUCAUCAGAGUGUUCAUACUGGAGAGAAGCCAUACAGAUGUGACAGAUGCAGUAAGGUCUUCAGUCGGUCUUCACAGCUACAGUCUCAUCAGAGAGUGCACACAGGGGAGAAGCCUUACAAAUGUGAGACCUGUGGUAAGAGCUUCAGUUGGCGCUCCAAUCUAACAAUUCAUCACAGAAUCCAUGCUGCUGAUAAAUCCUAUAAAAGUGAUAGGAGUGGUAAGACCAUCAGAGAGCCCACACACGAAAAAGUUUCCAUAAAAUGAUUAAAAAAAAACAA